GCAGGUGACGCGAAUCACAGGAAACGAGGGCUGUGUUCCACAAUUCCACUCGACACGUGAGAACGUCUGGGCAGGUGAACCUGCACAAAAGAAGGAACGCCUUUGGGAAGUUUCUGACUAAAGAACGUCUACAAAGUGAAAUGACGGCCGCCACCAGGCUCCUGGAGGACAUGUGUCACCUGACCGUCCAGUCUCUGAACAGACUGGAGACGUCGGAGCACUUCCAGAUUGUCAAGCUGUUGGGUCAAGGGUCGUACGGGGAGGUCAUGUUGGCCGUACACAAGAAGAGCGGUACUCCCAUGGCUCUGAAGUUCUUCCCACGUGAGUCCACGUCUCUGCCGUCCUUCCUGAGGGAGUACAACCUGUCUUUGUCCUUCUGCACGCACCCGUCCCUGACCCGCGCCGUGGGCAUCGCCUACUUCACGUCCUCGCACUACGUCUUCGCCCAGCAGGCCAGCCUCUUUGGCGAUCUCUAUGACCUCAUCGUGCCCGAGGUGGGGCUGGAGGAGGACUGCUGCCAGCGGGUGGUGUCCCAGCUGUGCGGCGCCCUGUCCCACCUGCACUCGCUGGGUUUUGUCCACAGAGACGUCAAACCGGAGAACGUCUUCCUGUGUGACGCCGCCUGCCGCUGGGUCAAGCUGGGCGACUUCGGGAUGGUGAAAGCCCAAGGCAGCAAGGUCCCCGAGGUGUGGUACCGAUCCCCGUACUGCACCCCCGAAGCCGAGGUAGCCCGAGGCAACGAGGACAGCAGCGGCGACGGAAAGCCAGGCAGGAACGACGAGGUGAAGACAGAUGAGAAGAACCGACGCGCACGGGUUUGGACCUCCGUGGAGCCCAGCACGGACAGCUGGGCCUUGGGCAUCCUGACCUACGCCAUGCUGAGCGGCACGCACCCUUGGGCUCAGACCGCCAAUGAUUGCCGCUCCUACCUCAAAUACAUCCACUGGUUCAACGCCACCAAGACCCCGGAAAAUGACCUGGAUGUGUGGGCGGAGCCCCCGCACCAUGGUGCGGCCGCCGAUUCACCGGACGUGGAUGUGAAAGAGCGCCCCCCUGUGGCGCCCCAGUUUGCUUGCUUCACCCCGCUGGCGUGCGCUUUCUUCCACUUGCUGCUUGACCCCAGCCCGAAGGCUCGCGGGAGACCCGAGGACGUGCUGGGGUACCUGGGAGGGGCGUGGCUACUGGAGGAGGAGCGCGCUCGGCUGGACGAGGAGAGGAGGAAGAGCAGAAGUAAAGGAGCCAUGAAGAACGUGAAGGAGACGGAGGGGAGAGGACAGAGAUGAAGGCGCCGGUCACAUGCUAACAGCGCUAAUGCUAACUAACUCAUAGCAAAGCUUGGCAUUGAGCGCAGCAGCAUUGAAAGAAAUGAAGAAGGAAGAUGGCCUGCAGGCUGAUGGUCCACGUUGCUGCCUAGAAAAGUACGGCCAGGAGGUGCACGGCCUCCUCGGUGGAGGUUCUCAGGUUCUGCAGACUUCUGCUGCUGGAAGGCCGUCACGUCCUUGCCUCUCCUUGCCUAUAUUUGGAUAUUUGGGGGCGGCUGGCAACUUUUAGCGGUCAGCUUGUUGAGCUGUAAACACGUCGGACUUCCCUGACCUCUUCACUCGGCAGCUAGCAUCAGUAGCACUUUAGCACUGGCACUUAGAAUAGGAACCACUUUUUGUUUAGUGUUUUUUUUUAUGUUCUUGAUACACAAACCACAUUUAAGUACAGUUAAACAACACACACACACACACACACAUAAAGAGAGGGGCCCAUUUGGAUGGCCUCCCCAGAUGUUGACAAAAAUAGACUCACGGUCGUAAACUUGACACGACAUCUUUCAGCACAAGCUCACUGGUUUGAUCCCUCCGUGUGUAGUGGCCCGCCCGACCAAAUUCGGGUAUGGGCCACAUCUAAGCCGCAAGGGCCCCAGCUUGACCUUCAUUUAAGUCCCAAUGUCAUCAUGACAACCGCCCUAACCAGAGCUCUUAUUUUUUAGGGAGUUCUCCCAGGAAGUGCUGUUGUUUCUUGGCGAUUCUGACUAAAAUGUGCCAAUAAAAGUGACAUUACUCGCUAUCGUGCACUCUAACAAGAGUCUUUAACACAUUCCGCUCUUCCGGUGAAGACUUUCCAGAAGAUGUCUCGAGCCUUUCUAUCAGCUUGCUGUGAACAUCAGCUCCCCGCCGCGCUGGAAGUGGAACCACUUGGUCAUGAAUUAGCAGGCUGCUUAAUGGCUGACAGUUUAAAAUCUCAGUCGGAAAGCUGAUCCCAUUCCCUGGCCGGGCUGUUAGUUGCUCCCCGACAUGUUGCACGGAGGACAUGCUGGGAGUCAUAGCAAACAUGAGCGAACUUCCUGUCAUGACACAAGUCGGCGGACACGUGCACCUUAAUGCUAGCAU